CUUUUUGCUGUGAUGCUGUUUACAUUUUUCCUUAUUGCAGAAUCGUGUCAUAAGGAACCUUUGAAACGCACGAGAAACGAAUCAAACGAAAAUGGAAAGUACUCUUAGCCUUACCAAGCAAGCACACCAUGAAAGACAAGAACUUUGCACAAAUCGUCCCCAAUACAGACAGGGAAGGAAGCUAACUGCCAUAAAAGUUUAUUCUGUUAUGGAUGAGUCUAAAUAUCUGCUUAUACACAGAGUACCUGCAAUAGCAGUAACUGCUGAACUGGAAACACUAUGCCAGGGAUAUGGCAGCAUUGAAUACCUUCGCAAUGUUCCUGGUUACCCAACAGAUAAAUUUUGUGAAGUGUACCAGGUUAAAUUUCAUACUAUACAGUCUGCUAGAUUUGCGAAACGGAAAAUGGAUGACAAAAGUUUUUAUGGAGGCAUAUUGCAUGUUUGUUAUGCACCUGAGCUUGAGACUUUGGAUGACACCCGAUGCAAGUUAUUGUAUAGAAGACAAGAAAUUUGCCACAAGUUGAAACCUCCACCAAAUCUCAAACGUAAACACUAUGAGAUGCAAGUGCCACUGCAAAUAGCAGAUACUCCAUCUCCCUCUAGUGUGAUAAAGGAACAGACAUCUGACUCUUUGGAAAUCUGCAUUAAGCCUAAACAUUUCACUUCAGACGAAUCUGAUACAAUUGUUGCCACGAAAAAAUCUCAGCAACCUAUUGCCCAUCCGCCUGUAAAGCGGAUUGUCUAUCAUAAGCGUCAGUCGCCGCCUCAGAGUGCUGCUGAAAGCAGUUAAUUAUGGUCGACACAUGUUGCUUCCAAUCAUCUA